AUGGUCAAAAAUUAUAAAGUCCGUGGGGAUUUACGAGGUUCCCGGGCCAACAGGGCAGGUAUCCGAGGCGGCCCGGGUAUGGACUCCCAGCAGCAGCAGUACUGUCUGAAAUGGAACAGUUUCGGCUCCAACCUGGCCACCUCGUUCGCGAACCUCUGGAACUCAGAGAGUCUCGCCGACGUGACAUUGUACUGCGAAGGUCGCCAGUUCAAGGCACACAAGGUUAUCUUGGCGGCUUGCAGCAAGCACUUCCAGGAGUUGUUUGACACGGCACCGCCCAGCCAUGCUGGCGCCUGCUACGUGUUCCUCGAGGCGACUACAGCCGACAACAUGCAGGCCCUCCUCGAGUUUAUGUACAAGGGAGAGGUGCACGUCAGUCAGGAUGCGCUUUCCAGCUUUCUUAAGAGCGGAGAGAACUUGCAGGUCAAGGGACUUUCAAUGGAAAUGUCCAACGAUGCUUGGGUGAAGCAACAAACACAGCAAUCUACAGAGCGUCACCAGGCCCGCGUUAAGACGAGUCCAGUUUCCGGGUCUGGGACUUGCGACGUCCAAGAUUCUGCCCAGCCUCAACCCCAUCCAACAACAUUCGCCGCAAUGCCGUACGGUUACCCAGGGUCUGGAGCCAUGGGCCGUUACGCCCCACCAGCCCAUUUGCCCAUACACUCGACUACGCACCGCAGACCAGCUCAACCCAAACCCUCGCCGUCUCAGAGUCCACACACUAGGAACUACAGGCAAAGUUCAUCAUCGUCUCACUGUGGAAGUGUUGCUGACGAGCCCGACACCCGUUCUUCACCGGGUGCCGGUGCAAGAUACGAAGAAACGACCCCUGAAUGCACGUCAACUCUCGCCAACCCAGUCAAGAACAACGGAUAUGAACGAGCCGCCUCAGCUAAUGACGAAAUGAUGGAACGCUUGUCGAACGACCAAGGCGCGGAAGAUUUACGGGUGAAAAGUGAAAAUGACUUCAAUGCCAGUGGAUAUAACAACUCACCACCCCCUGCUGUGCCCAUACCGACGACAAACUAUCACGACAAGACAAACGACACCUCGCCCGUACCUCCCAAACCGAGCCCCGACAACAUCUGGCCAACGAAACUGAUCACGAGCAAGUCCGGCGGAAUCGCUACUGCUGACGGUAAAAAAUUAAAGUGCCCAUACUGCGAGCGAUUGUACGGAUACGAGACUAAUUUGCGCGCGCACAUCCGACAGCGGCAUCAAGGUAUACGCGUGCCCUGCCCGCACUGUUCGCGCACGUUCACGCGCAACAACACAGUGCGGCGUCACAUCGCCCGCGAGCACCAACGCCCUCUGGCUAAUCAUACGCAGUAAACCUGUCUUUUUAGUUUUUAACUUUUAUCAACCGAUCUACCUCUGCUCUUUCCGACGCACGCGGGUGAUGCUGCGCGAUUUUCAUAAACGCAAAACGAGAAUAAACUAUCGAAUUUAAGUAGAAUUUGUAAAUUCGACAGUCUGUCUAUGCGUUGGUGAAUUCGUGUCUCGUUUUUUUUUAGUCAGAACGGGGGUCCCCCGUGCGUCUCUACUCUUUGUAACUUGCGUACAAUUUAAUACCUCGUUGAUGCAUAUUUUGUAACAGUAAUCUACCUCAAAAAUUGAUCUUAAGAUUUUUUAAGAUUUUGGAAUUUUGCGAUAAUUGUUACUUAAUUUAAUAUUCACGUGUAACUCGGAAUGGUUGCUCAGUGCUCGUAUGUCUGGUAAGUGUUUUAAACAUAUUGUACCUUUAUUAUUGCACCCUCAUCGCGUUUACGUACCUUAUUUUGACUGUGAGAUGAAGUUACCUUUGUUAGAAGAUUUAUUUUGAGCUCUCGGUUGAGUAUGACAUAGCUUUUAUUAUACUAAACUGAGCUAGGGAAUCUUAUAAAUGAUGUUGAGACUGAUGGUCACAGGCUUUAGUGUAUGUAAAUAAUAGGAGAAUGUUUAACGCCUUGGCCUAGGUUGAGACAUGCGUUUGACGUCGCACGGUGGCAAAAUAAUUCUACAACUAUACUUUUAUUUACACUAUUUUAUUCUAUA